AUGAUCCUCACAAAGCAUAAGAUUGUUGAAGUCGUUUCGCACAAAGAUGACGCGUACAUCUACGCGAAAGUCGAGCUCCCCGGCGAGAAGCACGUCAACUUCUGGUCGGUGCACGCGGAGGCAAGAGCCUACGGCCCCUACCUCGCCUACAACAAGCUGGUCACCAACAUCUCGCAGAUUCUCAGCGCCGAACAUGCCGGGAAGGAAGGCCGUGCCGAAGAACUUGGUGGCCUCUUGGCCAGCCCAGAGAUGGCAGCAGCCCUGAAAAUCGUCGCUCAAGUCCCGAUCGUCGUCGCUGGAGACUUCAACGUCCCUAGCCAUCAAGACUGGGGCGAGGACACAAGGAUUUGUGGACAGCUACCGGGCGCUUUUUCCGGAUCCGGUCAAAGAUCCGGCCCGAACCUGGUCCACCUGCAA